AUGUCCUGUAGCCACAGUGUCUGGCCCUGGGUCUCUAGCGCCAAUGGUGUGGCAUCAUUUGCAUUAUCAUUUGUAUCACUUUUCCCCCAAAUUAUAGAAACCUAUAGGGAUAAAACGGUUGCCGGUUUAUCACCUUUAUUCCUGCUGGCAUGGGUCUGCGGUGAUAUUACUUCGCUACUCGGUGCUGUAUUAACCAAUCAACUUACCUUCCAAAUCGUAUUGGCAUUUUAUUUCUUACUUAACGACCUAUUCGUAUGUGGCCAGUACUACUACUAUGGAAUACUGCAUGGCAACCAACUGGCAACAGCAGGCCAUGAGUCCAAGAUUUCCUAUCAAGAAGGAACUCAAAACAACGACGAUCACCACCACCACCACCACUCGCCAACACAACGUUCCAGCUCUCCCGGUCUUUGGCAAAGAUUUUUAUCGACUUUCUUCUUAAUUGGCGUUUCAAACGCCCUCCCGCUAGUCUACCAAGAACCAGGGAAUGCACCCCCAUCUGCACCACUACCGUCACCUGAAAGCCCGCUCGGUACAACCCUAUCAUGGGUCGGCGCAUCUUUUUACGUUGGGGCACGUAUCCCACAGCUCAUCAAGAACUACAGACGCAAAUCUACAGACGGUAUUUCUCCUCUACUGUUCGGCACAACACUAUUGUGCAAUUUGACUUACAACUUCAGCAUCCUGUCGAGCUGUGAUUUCAUCGAUUCUUCAGACAAAUCGGCGUUCCUCUGGAAUGCGGCGCCUUUUAUUGCUGGUAGUGCAGGUACAGUGGCAUUCGACGUCCUCUACUUCUACCAACACUACGUCCUCUAUUCGGAUGAUUUGCACUACAGAGAGGCAUUGACCAACCACCAUGAAGAUGACGAAAGAGCGCCUUUGCUGGAAUAG